UUUACAAUGUUUUCAAUGGGGCUUGAAUCAGUGGACUGUACCCUUAGGCUUGUACUUAAUCUAAUCCACCAUGGUCGAAUAGGACUUGUAGAGCCCAACAUGAAUGGCAGCGAUAAUAAAUACGUGAUAUGAGUUCCACCAAUCAAAUGACAAGGACCUAAUACCUGCGUUACAUAAAUCAGGCUGUUGCCCGAGUGAGCUGUGCAAUAGACCACUAAUAAUGAACCGGGGAUUCAGCUCAAUAUGCAUAACGAAUAGCAGAAGCGACUGUGGCCAGCUGGGCAUGGAUUGGCGUCCGUCCAAUCAACUGGGCAAGCUCAGUGAGUUGAAACUCAUCUCAGCACUCUUGGUCGUAUUUUCCGUGACCUCAACCGCGUACUUGGUGGUAUAUGGGGCUUACGGCCAUCGGCAGACGAUAGGUCAGAAGGAUGUCAGGAGGCUGCAAAUCGUCCAGGAAUUCGUGAGGUCGACUGACAGCACUUUCAGACACAAUCUGAAAGACAUCGAGAAAGUUGGUAUGCCAAAUAUCUUGACCUCGCCGAAUUUGAACAAGAGCUACUUUCAGUCACCGAUGAGAGCACGGCUCCUUGGAGGGACAUUCCCAUCUGCACCUCAGACCAGACCGGCUUCCUGCACAUCGAAGACUCGCAGUCGGCACGGCGAUAUCGUUCCCUGGAAAUGCCUAGACGCAAAUUCCGUCCAGAAACCACGCUUGCUGUCGAGAGAAGAAGCGGAGGCCGUCCAGCGGCGGCGCCGGAACCACCUCCGCAAAGUUUGCAACGAAUUCUACCAUCUCUCGCCCCUCGACCUCAAUUCCUCGUCGCCUCUUGGCCCUGACCUCGUGGCAGCCCUGGGGAGGACGUACGUAAAUGACGACUACAAUCUGACGGUGACCAUCGUUCGUAAGGCCGGCUCGACAAACUGGAAAAAGUUCAUGACAGACCUGCACGCGAUAAGCAGUAAGUCCACACGGCUGGCGCUCGAACCUCUUCACAAGCGCUCUCAGGAGGAUAUCAAGCACGCCCUCAAGCACUACACCAAGGUUCUGUUCGUCCGCAACCCACUGGUGCGCCUGCUGUCGGCGUUCCGGGACAAGUUCGUCAAACUGCCCACCCGGGUCUACGUCCGGAUGGCCGACCGCAUCAUCCGGAGGAUACGGCGGGAGAGGCCGCCGAAUCCGGAGCAGCCGGACCUGACCUUCACCGAGUUUCUUACCUACAUCGCCGCUGUGAAAGGCCGGAACGGCGACCCGCACUGGAUCCCGGUCUUUCGGGCUUGCAAGCCCUGCCAGGUGCGCCAUGACUUCGUCGGUAAACUAGAAACCCUGCAGAGCGACACGGCCUACCUGAUCGAUAAACUGGGGGUCGGGGGCCGAGUGCAAUACGAUUAUCCCAAGCCGUUCACCGGUAGCUCCAACGUCACGCGGUUGAUGGACUACUUCUCAGGAGUUCCGCCUGAAAUUAUUGAAAAGAUUUGUAACCUGUACUGGGAUGACUUCGUAGUGUUUGAUUACCCAAUGCCCGAUGAUUUCUCGAAUUUGAAAUCAUACAUGGAAACAAGUACGUAGGUCACAAAUCCCGGGGGGGUUGGCCCUGGAUGGAACUUGUUAAAUACAUUCACACCUCACUUCCUGUGCUUUUAGGGAACUGUCCUACAAACCUUACAAACCAACCAUUGGCUGAACUUAGACUUUUAUACAAUGUACAUGUACCUUAAGCUUCCUCAAUCCCCAUAACACCCUACGGAGUUUUAAACAUAAUGGCCAGUAGUGUGGUCAUCAACCCCGAAGGAGCCCGCCCGGUUAUUCUGGAUCAUCUCACAUGUUCAUUAACUCCUGUGGGGACAUACAUUCCACAUUUCACCUAUUUUCUAGGGACCAGAAACAUUUAUGGGGACAAAGAAAAUGUCCCCACAACUCGGUCCAAAUUUGCGUAACAAAAGAAAUUGCCCCCUUAACGCGGUGAAUGACUACCUGUGGCCAGAUGUGGGUUGUUUGCCGCCAUGUGUCUUCGGCAUCCUGACCACGUUGUAGUUUAAUGUCUUCACUGAGCAGCGAAUUUUAACAUAAUUAUGGGAAAUUUGCGUUUUAUAAA